AUUAUAUUGGAUAUUGAAAGACGAGGGCGAUUCUUACUUUGAGUUACCACGUUUAUGCAUUGUGCUACCAGGCACAGAUGCACAUUUGAAAAGUUGUAUAAACAGGCGAGUACCCUGGUCAACCCUCGAUUUUUAACAAAUAGGAUGGAGAAGCGUGUUCAACCGAAGUGGUCCAUUCCUGUACAAAAGGAUGUGGUUCUACCGAACCUUUAUUUUUAUAAUAGCCUAACGUCAAAAAAAGAGCCCUUCGUCCCGCUUAAUGGGAAGCAUGUUAAGUGGUACACAUGCGGUCCAACAGUAUAUGACGUAUCCCAUUUGGGUCAUGCGAGGUUUGGAAUUUAACGGUUGUUCCAUUUUUGCAUAAAUUUCAGGACCUAUAUUGUAUUUGAUGUUAUCCGUCGGGUGCUGGCUGAUUAUUUCAACUUUGAGGUUACUUAUGUCCUAAAUAUAACUGAUAUUGACGAUAAGGUACUUGCUGUUCCAAGUAAUGCUCCUCCAGAUUAUUAAGCGCGCAAGGCAGAACUACCUGAUGGAUGAAUAUAUGUCAAAAGAUCUUGACUUGGCUGUUGUUGUUGGCGAUAUUUCUAAGGGAAUUCAGAGAAUAAAAUCGAAGUUACUAACUGAAACAGAUCCAGAUAAAAAAGAAUAUCUAAAUAACGAAGUUGACCGUCUAAUAUCUCUUUUGUCUACUGAAUCAUCUGAUAAAGAGGACCCAGUUAUUCAUUUGAUCAGGCAUGCUCGUGACGCUAUCGCAGAUACUUUAGAUGCAGCGUUUGGUCAUUCUGUGAAUGACCAUAAAAUAUUCGAAGUACUGUCUAGGCAUUUUGAGAAAGAAUAUCUUGCAGAUAUGGCGGCUUUAAAUGUCAUUCCCCCGUCCGUGCUCGUUCGAGUCACGGAGUAUAUUGGUCCGAUUAUAAAAUACGUUGAAAAAAUUAUCGAAAAUGGUUACGCUUAUGUCGCCAAAUCUGGUUCUGUGUAUUUCGACACGAACCGGUUCGCAAGCUCUCCUGAGCAUUUUUAUGCCAAGCUUGUACCAACUGCUUUUGGUGACUCUGAUCAACUUGCAUCUGGAGAAGGUGAACUAAGCAUAACAGGUGAAAAAAAGUCGCCAACUGAUUUUGCGCUUUGGAAGGCUUCAAAACCCGGUGAACCAGCUUGGCCAAGUCCUUGGGGAAAAGGCAGACCUGGUUGGCAUAUAGAAUGUUCAGUCAUGGCUAGUGAUAUUUUAGGUGAUACUCUCGAUAUACAUAGUGGCGGAGUUGACUUGAAGUUCCCACAUCAUGAUAAUGAACUGGCUCAGUCUGAAGCAUAUUUUGGUCAUUCACACUGGGUUAACUAUUUUCUUCAUUCUGGUCAUUUAACAAUUUCUGGCUGUAAAAUGUCAAAAUCACUGAAAAAUUUCAUUACAAUUCGUGAUGCACUUAAAACUCACACAGCUCGACAAAUCCGGCUAAUAUUUCUUCUGCAUUCAUGGCGUGAUACAAUGGAUUAUAGUGAUGAUACUUUAGCUGAAGCUAUCGCAUACGAAAAACAGUUGGUUGACUUUCUAUACACUUGCUCAAAUCUACAAUUUGCCGCAAAACAGUCUUUACUGACGAAUAAAUUUAUUUCUACAGAAAGUAAAGAUGAUAAGCUCAGACAAAUCUUGACAGAUAUUCAACAGAAGGUGUAUGAUGCGUUAUGCGAUUCCUGUGAUACUCGUACUGUACUGGAUUUAUUGAAGAAUUUAAUGUCUGAAGCUGAUUCGAUAAUACUUAGCCAACUGGAACCGAAUAAGUGUAUAUCUAAAUUAGCAGAUGAUACUUUCGCAAUCAGUCGUUUUAUUCUUCAAUUACUACGUAUUUUGGGGAUUGCUGAUGUAACUGCUGCAUCGACGGGUUCUCCUGUCCCACCCGAAGGAAUUAUAGCCGGUGGUAAGGUGUUGGAAGACUAUACACAUGUUUCAUUAAUUGAUACUAUUGGAAGUGAAUUUGGUCUACGAAGUUGGCUAUCUCUCAAUGCUUUAAAUGUAGACAGUCUCAUGUUUACCGUUCACAGAUCGUUGAAAGCUAGCUCCACAUUUAUUAAUGCUGUUAUUCGUGAAGGUGAUGGAUUCAAUGAAACUGUACAUCAGUAUACAACUGAAUUAAAAACAAAGUAUGGUAUCCAACUUUUUGAUUCUGACCUCGAUGAAAGAAAGACUUUGGAAUGCAUUUUAACAACUACCACUCAAAAAAGCCUUUCUGAGUUAACCACUCUACCGCAUGGAUUAGAAGUAAAUGUAUGGCCAGUUGUUCUUGAAUUUCUUCAUACACUUGCUUCUGUACGCAAUACAGUUAAAGGAUUACUCUCCUCAGGUUGUAUUACAGAUUCUGCGUGCAAAAAGCGGUUGUAUGAAGCAAGUGAUCGAUUUCGCGAUGUUGAUUUUGUUGAUGCUGGUAUUCGACUUCAAGAUCGUGCCACUGCAUCUGAUCUUAGCAAAGGUAUAAAUGUGCCACCGUUCAUUGGUUUGGUGGAUAAAAGUAUUUUGUUAAGUGAACGUCUUGAAAAUAAAACCAAGCGAAAUGAGGCAAAAUCCACUAAAGGUGCUGCAAAAAGUGAAGUUGCAUGCAUACCCCCAUGGGAAAUGUUCCUGUCGGAGGUAGAUAAGUACUCUAAAUUCGAUUCGAAGGGUUUGCCGACACAUGACGCCUCUGGAAACGAACUAUCAAAAAGUGCUGUAAAAAAAUUACAGAAAUUAUAUACUGCACAAGAAAAGCGUUACAAUACAUAUUUAAAUAAUAAGAAAUAAUCGUGUAAAAUUCCAGUAUCACAAUUGUAAUAUAUGUGUUCUGUUUGUUUUACUCCAUGAGGUAUUAGAUAAAUCCUCACUUCAUUGUACAACUGAUAGGAUGGAUUUUAUUCAUAUGAAUAUUUUGGUUAUAUAUAGACUCAAAUACUUUAUAAUUUCUCAUUUCCUCUUAGUAAUUCGUAACUAUGAUUCAGGGAAUUUGUAAACUAUAUUACUUCUAGUUAUUUUAUUUUCAAAGUAUAAUUGUAAAUUAUACAAGAAUUCAAAAUAUGGAGUUUUUCUUUAAUAUUACAGGGAAACGUAUUGCAGUAUCGUCUCCUCACAUCAAAGAUAUGAGUUUGGAAUAAAGUUCCAAUCCCUUACUGAAAGCUAAAAUUGUGCGACUAGAUAAGAUUUCAUUAUUUUACUCUAAAAGGGAUUUUAAUUUACGGAUAACAAUGAAGCUUAGUGGAUAAUGCAUUGCUCUUUGUGAAAGAGUGGAUUUCGGUUUCCAAUCUCACUAAGAAUAUCAUCACUCACUGGGAAUGCAAGUACAUUUAACCUGACUAGUUCCAAAAAGGAUAAUAACGUGCACCAUGGAUUCCAUUAGUAACCAAGUAACUGAGGUACUCUUAUUCCAAAACAGCGAUACGUGUCAAAUGUUAUGUGU